AUGGCCAAAAAAGUUACACAGAUACCCUCUGCAGCUUAUAUUGAAGACUAUGAUGAACAGGCAGGCGACGUGGUUGACGGAACACGCCAAAGCGCAAACAUUGCUGCCAAGCGAUCCAAGUCCGACAUAAGACCUGGUGAACUUACACAUCUUGACUUUGCCAGUGACUCUGGCUAUUCCAGCCGUACUGCUACAACUGGUACCAGUGGACAGUCCCGCUCGAGUGGCAGACCUGGAGCCGGGCCUUCAACGGUAAGCACUGCAGCCCAUUCUCGGGCAACUGGGCCACCUCCACCUCCGCCGCCACCACAACAACACCGUGUCAAGGAAAGCCGAAGGGAAAAAGGGAAACAACGUGAAGAGAAACGAGUAUCUGCCGACAUGGUUCACAUGGAACGCCAGCGACUUGCCAAUGGCAUGGGAGCUCCCGUCAGGUCUCCUUCAAAAUCUAACCGUCGCGAAAGCGUGUCUCAGCAACACCAACAGGAAGUAUGUUGGGACUGUUUGAACGGCUAUCACAAUGUCCAUGGAAUUCAUCCCACGGCCCCUAUGGAUCCUCGGACAGCCUACCCCUCGUACUACUAUGCACAGGCUCCUCCGGUGCAAAAUAUCCCACCUCCGUCUCCGCAGUCUACGCAAUUCGGAUACCCAUACGGCCCUGAUGUUAUGAUUGCACAAUCUCGUCAACGACGACCUAGUCGCUCUGCCACUUACCAUUCCGACACUAGGCCUAUGAGUUACCACAGUGGGAUGCAAGAACCGGGAUAUAACCCUGGCGCUCUACAAAUGAGCCAAUAUGAACAGCGACCACCAUCCACUUACUCCGGGUAUUAUGCCCAACCAGCAACGCCGCGUCAGCAAUACUAUGCUGAACCGGAUGCUCCUUACCAGGCCAUCUAUGAGCGUUCUCGCACAUCUUCCAUGUCCAGGCCACAAGAGCGAGUCCGGAGAGGCUCCAUUUACGGUCGACCAGCAUUGGACCAGAUCACGCCGAAGGCUUCUUAUGAAGAAGGAUCGUUCUUGGAACGUCAAACUUCCAGGGAACAUCGUCCUCGCCGAAUGUCGCAAUCGCAGCGACGGCAGGAAACUUACGAUGAAGACGAGGAUUUCUAUCGCAUGCCACCGCCUCCACCUCCCAAACCCAAGGUCAUCCAGCCAAAAGUCCAUCAGCCAAAGGUCAAUCCACCCAAGAUUAUCCAGAAGCGACCCGACCUUACUCACAAACCAGCAACCACUGGAAGUAUGCCACCCCCGACAAACCGUCGUAUGUCGCAUUCACGAGACUCCUGGGACAUGAACGAGUUGAUGGAGGCUCUACCGCACCAACAAAUUCGCAAAAUCUCUGCAGCUCCCGAACGUAGCCGAAGCAUGAAAGCGAGAAGGACAUCCUACAACGAGUCGGACUCUGGCCAUCAGAUUGCUGUUGAAGAUUCUCGCCGUCGACGUACGCUGUACCGUGAAGAGGAACCUAGCAUCCAAGACAUUCGCGAAGUUCGUGAACAAGUUCGUGACCGUCCUGCACCGGUCUCCGAAAUGGAACAGAAACAUCGUAGCGCCGAAGAAUACCAAGCAUCUAAAUCUGGAAGGACCGGGGUUCCUCUUACGGAAGACGCCUUACGAAUGAAGGCCAAGAUUGCCCAACGUGUUGAUAGUGAUAGUGGUAGCCAGAAGACUCGAUCCAAUAGCAGCCGAGGCAGCGACGCCCGUACACGGGAUGGUAGCGGCGUCGGCUCGAGGGUUGAUGAUGAUGGCGGUUUCACUAUGACCAUGAAUGGGAUGACCAUCGGCUUCACUUCUGAGUCGGUUAACGGAAAGAGGAUCCACGUGCGGACAAACGACCACGGUUCUAUUGGCCUGAAUAUUGAAGGUCGCCGACCGAAACGGUACAUCAUGCCCGCGGGUUCUGAAUAUACAAGCACUAGCAGCAGAAAGGAAAUCGAAGAUGGCCGGCGAGCCAGAGAAGACCGACGAUCUGAUCGGGCUUCUCGGCGAUCCAGCCGUUCGACCUACAGCGGUCGCUUUGAUUAA